AUGCAAUGCAUUUCAGUGCAAUGGCAGAGAGCUGGGGCUGGUUUGUUCAUAUGCUCCUUGAAUGCAAUGCGCUUUGUGAAAGCAGUGCAGGAGAAAGACCCAGGUGGAGACCAACAGGUGGAGAAGGUCUCCAGAGAACUUUGGCGAAGAAUCUGGAGUGAAGACAAAGACAUUACUGAGCCUGCAUCACUGGCUGAGGCAGCACAGAAAGCUGGCUUGAAAGGGAGUGAGAUUGAAGAGCUGCAGAAAAUGUGCACCACGCAGGAAAUCAAAGACAAACUGAAGAAAAGCACACAGGACGCACUGGAUUACGGGGCAUUUGGCUUUCCCUUGAUUAUUUGUCACAUCAACGGAAAACCUGAAAUGUUCUUUGGCUCGGACAGAUUUGAGCUCAUGGCCCACUGUCUUGGUGAAAAAUGGCUUGGACCCCAGCCUGCUCAUCCUGAAAAGUCGUCUUCCAAACUGAUGUCGUCGAUAUCAAACGCAGACUUCCUCUGCCAACAAGGAGACACCCUUUGCGAGAUCCGCUUGUAUGAGAAGGAAGUGAUUGUGGUGCCCAUCCUGCUGCUGGCUACAUUCACGGUCACGCUGGUCUUUAUCUUCCUGUUGCGCUUCUGUCCCGAGAAGGUCGACCGCAUCCGCAUCAGCAGCUUAAAGUCUAACUUCAGAAGAGAGCUGCAUGGCAUCGACGCUCCCCCUGGAAUCAACGUGCUGGAGGGUGAAAGCAUUGCCCUGGACAUGCCCACCUACUCCACCUUCAACCAGCCCAUCACCUACACACACAAAAAGCUCUCCCUGUCCGUAGACAUGCCUCCAGUGUCGUCCGGCGCAGCCUACGAUCCCGCGUCGGAAAUUGUCGUCCAGCCCCGAGAGUUACCCCGCCAGAGAUUGCCCGAGUCCUUUAACCUGGUGACCCCGCUGCCCGGUUCCUUCUCACUACGCUCCGAUUCGUCCGUGUCACUCUACAGGGCUCGUAUGGAAAAUAGGAACGUCAUCUUGCGGGUGUUGAAUGACUCUGCCGAUGCCACCGAGAGACACAACUUCCUGGACUUCGCGUCCUUCCUGGCCAAGGUGGGCCCGCACCCGUUCUUGCCCGAGCUUCUGGGCGUGGUCUCCCUGCGUGCGCCUCUGGUGACGGUAGUGGAAGAGCUGGAGAACCGGGAUCUACUCGGCUUCUUGUGGCGGUGCAGGCAGGAAGACGUGACUCCUCCUUGCGAGAUGACAGAGCGGCGCAUAUAUACAAUGGCCCAGCAUGUGGUCUCAGCGCUGACAUUUCUCCACAGCAAAGACCUCCUGCACGGUAACAUCCGUGCCCGUAGCGUACUAGUCAGUAAGGCACACACGGCCAAACUGUGGGGCCUACAUGGGGUCUUCAUGCGCACGAACCAGGCGGCCACGAAAAAGGACGACCCCAGCAUGAAGAAGUGGCAGGCACCGGAGAUUUUAGCAAAGAGGAACGUCGGUCCUAGCAGUGAUGUUUGGUCUUUUGGUAUCUUGCUGUAUGAAAUGGCAACACUGGGAGAAGCCCCGUUUGCAGAAAUCCCCGUCAACGAACUCCUUCAAUUCCACCAACGAGGCAAAAGUCUUAAGAAGCACUCCAACUGCACCAACAGCCUCUACGCCCUCAUUAAAGGUUGCUGCCAGUGGAAAGAAGCGGAUCGACCCACGCUGGCCGAGGUGACCCGCAAACUCGCGUCUGGGGAGAAAAGCGCCUCGGAUAAAGUCUUAAAGGGGACGGCAGUUAACGUGGAGCGGUACUUGCAGGAGGCUGGAUAUGGCGAGAGCAACAGCUACACUAUCUUCUGA